AUGGCAAAUCAUGGACCAAGUUAUGGUUUGAGCAGAGAAUUACAAAGAAAGGUAUGAAACACAUUGGAAUGUUUUUUUUUUAAUUUCGUUUUCUUCAGAAUGACGCUAGAUUUGUGCUCGAGGAAGCAAUCGAAGUUUUAUAUUGGAUUGAGAAUGUGACUGGAGAGCGUUUUCCAUGCGAUGUUGGAAAUUGUGAAACAUCGAAUGAUGUUACAGCACUUCUUAAAGAUGGUGUUAUGUUAUGUAAACUUAUUGAGAAAUUGGAUCCUGGUUGUCGUGUAGUUUAUAAUAAAAAACCAAAAAUGCCUUUUCACAUGGUAACUUUUUAAAUAGUAAUAAUUACCCAUUUUAAAAUUCCCAAUUUCCAGAUGGAAAAUAUCUCAAACUUUUUGGAAGCUGCUAAACGUUUUGGAGUUAUGGAGAUUAGUUGUUUCCAAACCGUCGAUCUCUAUGAAAAUAAACAAUGUUACAAAGUUAUUGAGUGUCUCCGAUUACUCGCCGCAGUCGCACAAUCUCGAAAACCUCAUUUGGAUCAUCCAGCGUGGGUUGUCAAGAUUGCUCAAUCAGCUCCACGACAAUUCCCAGAAGCUGUUAUGAGAAGAGGUGAAAUGGUAAUUCCACUUCAAUAUGGAACAAAUAAAUGUGCGUCGCAGAAAGGAAUGUCACCUUAUGGAUUAGCUCGACAAAUUAAACCAGAUCCUCAUGGAUGA